AUGAAAGACAAACUGGCUACAAAACCCGAAAUUUACGAUUCCCUCAUUCUAGAUUUCCCACCUGGCUGCAGACGUCUGACCCCAGGACCUGGCUAUCUCGAGGCAUUGAUAGAGGAAAACGUUACAUUUAUCGGAUCGGGGAUCCAACGAGUUACUGAUGAUGGAUUAAUUGAUGACAAAGGCAAUUUCCAACAAGUUGAUGCUAUCAUUUGCGCCACUGGAUUUGACUACUCGUGGAGCACCGAGGACACGCCGAUAACAAGGCACAACGGUAUCACUUUAGCUCAAAUGUGGGAUCCAACUCCGGAGGCCUACAUGGCUGUUGGGGUGCCAAAUAUUCCGAAUUUCUUCAUGUAUCUUGGUCCUAGCGGAAGUUCUGGCUCCGGUAGCUUCUUGGCCAUGCUGGAAUUUGUCGUCGAGUACAUCAUUAAGUGCACCAAAAAGUUGCAGCGGGAAUAUUUUUCCUCGAUGGAGCCAACGAUGGAAGCCCACAAAGACUUCAGCAAACACGUCGAUAAAUACUUUGAAAAGACCAUCUUCAACUAUAAAUGCAAGUCAUGGUUCAAGAAAAACGAGGACACAGGCCGCAUCGUUGGUAUUUGGCCCGGUUCUUCAUUAAAUGCAGAGCGAGCGAUGAGUAAUCCUCGAUUUGAAGACUACCAAUAUAUCCGCAUGCCAGAAAUGAAAGAAAACAUGUUCAACUGGCUUGGCAACGGUCUCACAAUGAGCCAAGAGCAAUGUGAAAAAACAAUACAGUAUCUUGAUGAGCUUGACAUUCCGCCUACCAUCAACCAUGGACCGAGGCCAGAGCUUCCAGCGGCACUUGCUUGUCAGAUAUGA